AGGUAAUUGUUUGGGGCAACUAUGGACGGAUGGAUCGCAAAUGCUUCAUGGGCGUAGCUCGAAUCCUAUUGGAGGAGCUGGACCUCAGCACAAUGGUGAUUGGCUGGUACAAGCUCUUCCCUACCUCCUCCAUGGUGGACCCAACAAUGGCGCCACUCAUCCGCCACUCCUCCCAGAUGUCCCUGGAGAGCACCAUUGGGCCCUGUUGUGAGCGAUCCUAAGACUAAAAAGUUUUGUUGAUGCGAAGAUUCCAUUGCUGUCUCAACCAAAUCCUAAGACACAUUUUUAUAUACCCUGUAGGCCUGCGCCCGGGUCAACCCCGGUGGUACUGCCCCUGGAGCAGAUAGGUGUUAAGUAUCUUACUCAAGAGCACUUUGAAAGGGCCUACCACACUUGGGACUGAACCACUCUCCUGACUGGGAAAUGAUUUUACUAACUAGUAGGUCAUUUUGGCACUCAUUGGAAAUGUACUGUAAUUCUUUUGAUAUUGUAUCAGACUGUUUCCCGACACUCAUGGGAAGCAUAAUUCUUUUGUUGUUGGAACCGACCGCCCCUCAGACUCACAGGAAAAUUUUGCUCUCUUCAGAUCUCUAUGAUGAAAAACAAAAACCUACUUAAUGAGGAUACUUCAAAGGAGGGCUCGGUUGCCGACAUUGAUCACAUCCUAUUGGGACCACAAUACACUGCGGGCUCAGCUUUGCUUCAGCUACGCGACUUCUUCACAGCCUACAUUCGAUUCUCAUUCCAGGACUGCUUGUUGUCUUUCUGUGUCCACAUUUAGGGGCUGAGCAGCUCCUGAUUGUUAUCUGUCUAUCCACGGUCCAGAGAGAAUUUGAGACUGACCUCAGACUGUUUGAGACACCAGCCUCCCAUUUUGCAGGAGCACAGGGAUAGUAGGUUUUAGGUGAAUGGAUCUGUGCGCAGAAGGACUACAGUUGACUUUAAAAAAAGAAUUAAGCUUAUUUGUUGUAACCAACAAAACAUCUUGGUUUGGAACACUGACUCAAGCUGUUUGGGGUUUUUGUGUCACACAUUUUGCUCUUCAGUGUUCAAUUAAUUUGGUACUAUGUGCAUUUGAAUCGAGUAGAUGAAUGAAAGUCACUUUCAUCUUCUGGAAGGAUCCAGAUCUCUACCUGAUAUAGGGGAUCCAGAGUAUUGCUGGGUUUCUAUCCUACCAAUUAGUUAGUUAGGACUGCAGUUAAAUACGUUUACCUGCAGUGCCAGGUAAAAGUAAGUUUCCGAGUGAAUUUAUAUGGUUAAAAAGAAGAACUAGCUGGUUCUGAGUUCCCAAAGACCAUGUGCCAGUAUGACCCAAGACCUGUACAUUUUCACAAUCAAUCACAAUAUUAGCUGAUUUGACUUAUUAUUGUGUCUCUCAUGGAGGGUGCUUAUCAGAUAAAUCAGCUAGUGUUAUGCUUGGUAGGAAUGAAAAUGUGCAGCCUUGUGAAUUGUUUUUGAAAAACUGAACCAAGUCCCCAUUUUACCUGGUUGUUUCUUAAAUCUGUAGCAAAUUGAUUUCAAAUAGAUUUCCAGCGUAUGUUUGCAUAUGAUAGCGUAAUUCUGUUUCUAAUUCUGCCAGAUGGUACAAAAGUCUGAAAGUAUUUGUUGGGUGUCAUCCAGAAUCCUUCCUGGUGCAUAACAAUAUGCAACAUAGCCACUCACAAUACAUCCCAAAGUAGAAGAAUGGUGGAUACAGAUAUCUGGUCUCACAACCAAACUAAAUUGGAUUUUGCGCAUGCAAUAUUUUGUAUUAGAUUAUGAUUGAAGAAUUCAAACCUGCUAACCAUAGAUGCAUGUGACUAUUACGUCCAAAUGUAAUGUGGUUAAAUCUUAUCAGGAUUCAAUCUAAAUUCAACUGAAGUAAAUGGGGUCUGAAAUGUUGAGGGUGCUUUGUCCUCACUUGGUUCAAUUCUGUUCUGUGUUUUACAUUUACACAUCCACCUGGUAAUGCAGGUCACAUCAAGUACAGGAGGAGAUAUUGUACCUGUGUUGUACAGACACAGGGCGCUAAUACACAAAAGACAAAAGCAUUGAGAAUAGUAGCCUGGCUGACAGUAGGGCUGAAAACUUGUUCCAUAUCCCAGUCUAAUUGUAUUUCAGAUGCUCUUAAGCUAAUACUCUAGAAGUAGAUUUUUAAGAGUCCUCCUCUCUUUUUUUAAAUCUUUGGCUAACAGUUGUCUAAUAAUAGUUUCUAGUGUGCCAAUUUCUACCAGCAAGUGUCUUCUUCAAUUACCUUGCGGCAUGUGCUAUUGUGAGGGAGGAACAGAAACAACCACUCACAACAUCUGACAGCAGUAUUCAGGCUACUCAGAGAAGCGUCCCCUUUAUUCUAAAUUACAGCCCUAAUCCACAGACCGCCAAGGCACCUGGUGAUUAGCCAUGCUACGACUCAGUAUGGUGAGAGGAAGAAAGGGAGGAAAAAGAAAGAGAGAGGAAGGAAGCAUGAAAUGUACUUUGCAUCAUCCAAACAAAGGAGAUGUCUGGACUGACGUCAGAUUUCAAGAAAGGACAAAAAAUAGGAUGAAUUUAAAGGGAAAACGUGCACACUGUAGAAACUUUAUAGUUUAUUAAAGAACAAAACUACAUGUAUUUAAUUUGGGCACUUUAUGAUUCUUAAUGUCUUUUUUAUAUGUAAAUAUUAUGGUUGUUAGUGUAUUUUGGAGUGAGCCAAAGUUAAUCAAUAAUGACUUAAUUGAUUAAUGUUAAAACUCUGAGGGAGGGAAGAGAUAUCCUUGCUAGUUACUGUAAGAUUGUAGCAUUAGCUGGUAGCAUCCACAUGACUUAUUAAAACUUCUAAUGAAUUAGCAGAAAACUCAAUAAGACAAAGCAUGACUGAGCUAUACGCUACACAGAAAGAGGAGAAAUGAAAAUACAUUAUGUUGGGUUGAGUCCCAACAUUAAUUGAUGAAUACAUACAUAUGUAGCAAUUUAGUUCAGAUUCAAAGUUUACUGGAUUUAAUUUCGUGCGGUUUGCUUUCACAGAGAAUACAACAACUGACAUCUGUAAUAAGAUCCAAAAACUGUUUUGUUUUUUAACUUUGAUUUCAGAACAAGAGCAUUUCUCUUAGACAAUUAUAUAAUAAACACACAAUUUGGAGUAAUUUUACUCAAAAAGAACUUUGCAAAAUAGGCCUCUGUUUUGCCAGUAGCAGUGUUGCAGGGAUAUUAAUAUUGUAAUUAUUUCCAAAUAAAUUAAAGCAACAUUCUGUAAAGCAAUAAUCAAAAAACAUCCAGUCAUUGUAGUUUUUCAGUUGCACAGUGUAAACUGUGGAAAAUGACUAGCUUAGCAAGUGAUUUUUACUGCAGUUUUGUAUUUAUCAGAAUUUACGGAACAUUUGUAAUUCCAAAACAUGCUCUCUGUUAACUGCUCUGAUUUAUUUGACAGUCAUAGUGUCCUGAUGUCUGAGAAAAAAUUGUAGGGCAGCAGGAUAUUUAUGAUUUAAAACACCUUGAAAAUAG